AGAAAAGAUAAGUUGAAUUUCGGAUAAUGGUUCACAAUACUCUUUUAAGUUGUUGGUAUUUAUGGCUUUAGGUCGUUUACUUCACUGGGGUCCUCUUACGGCACUAACAAUUAUAUUUACUCUCUUCAUUGCAAGCGUAUACUCAUCUUUGGUUUGGUGGAGUCCAUUAAAUGUUGCAGGACUGAUAAAUAUUGCUUUACUAGUUGUCUUCCUCGUCUGUAUAUUGUAUAAUUUUAUUAAAGCUUCUCGGAUUGGCCCUGGAUAUGUUCCAUUACGAUGGAAACCGGAAAAGACUACGGACGAAAAAUUUAUGCAAUUCUGUCAGAUAUGCGAGGGAUACAAAGCUCCAAGGUCUCAUCAUUGUAGGCAAUGUAACAGAUGUGUCAUGAAAAUGGAUCAUCAUUGUCCUUGGAUAAAUAACUGUGUUGGACACAAAAAUCACAAGCGAUUUACAUUAUUUCUAUUCUUUGUUGUUAUUGGUUGCUCGUAUGCUGCAGUACCUUUGAUUGGUUGUAUUUAUUAUGUCUUUACUAUGGUGAAUCCAAUGGCCUAUAGACGAUUUUUGUAUGCGCAAUUAGUUCCAUUUGAAUUUUAUCAUCUACUUGGUAUAGUAUUUUGCAUUGGCUUGGAUAUUGGUGUUACAAUUGCAGUUGCCUUGCUGUUAUUUUAUCAGAUUAAAGAUAUUGUUCGCAAUGAAUCAGCAAUAGAGGCAUGGAUUGUUGAAAAGGCAGCACACCGGUCCAAGAAUGAUGUAAAGUUUAUCUACCCAUAUAAUCUUGGUCGUUGGGAGAAUAUCAAGCAAGUGCUUCAUUUCAAUGGUGAUUAUAUUGGUGAUGGAAUACACUGGCCAGUGGUGGAGAGUUGUAAUCAGUAUUCUCUCACUGUUGAGCAAUUGAGGCAAAAACAAGUUAAAAGACAUUAUUCAGUGGAGUUUAAAAGCACUGUGACUUUUAAUGGCAGUUUCUGUGGUUGGCGAAAUGGUUUAAAAACUUGCCUUACUUUCCCUUGUUCUGUGGAAGGACGAUUACGUUUUGAAAAAGAUGAAAUUCUUGUGGUAACACGCUGGAGAAAACAUUGGCUCUAUGCUAUGAAAGUGGAAAACGAGAAAAAGAAUUUAGCAAAAGACCCUCAAAAAGGAUGGUUUCCAAGAAAUUGUGCUAUCAGACUGGAUGACCAUGAUGGAGAUAUAACUAACCAAGACAAGUCAAAAGACGAAUAGCAUUUUCACAAGUUUUUAUAAACUCCAUUCCCGUAUUUUGUAAUCGUUGAACGAAGAAUAAGCCAUCUAGAAUGGUAAA